GUAGGGGGCAGAUGUCUUUCUAAAAUGCAUCUGCUCUCAGCCGUGAAACCCACGAAGAAGAUAACAGAGCAACAGGACAGUUGACAACUUGCCCCGCGGACAGAAAAGAUUUCCAGGAAGGAGCGCCGGAAAACAACUCAGUAAGAGUGUCAAGUUACUCACAAGCAUGCUCAGCCUGGAGACCUUUGAGACUCAGGUGUCAGCAGUGAUGGACACUGUGGUGAAAGCGGCGGUGACGGAGCUCGGCACGCUUCUGGAUAAGUGCUCGGCUAACGCCAUGGCCGCUCGGCAGCGCUCUGCUCCAGCUCCGGUGACUCCGGAGGGGAGACUGCAGUUUCAUGAAGCCAUAACGACUCAGUUUGCAUCCCUCAUGGCAGCGUGGGCCAAAGGUGCUGUAGAGAAAAUGCUGAUGAUUUUGAAAGUGUCCAUGUGUGAGGCUGAGGAUGCUCCAGCUACAGGGCGCAAGCAGGAGCUGCAUACUGAAGAACCAGCAGCAGCAGCAGGAGCAGCUGACUUAAGAAUAAUCAUCAUACCUGCUGAUGCAGCCACACGUGAGACUAACUCUGGAUCCCCAGAACUGGCCUCUGAUGUAAUUGAGGACGACGUCGUCCAGGAGGAUGCAGAUGUUCUCAGCACCACAUCCAAGAUUAAAAAGAAGAAGACCGCAGGGCCGUUCAAAUGUCCGUCUUGUGACAAAUCCUUUGCUCUGAAGUGUUUGAUGGACAGACACUACCUGACUCACUCCAAACCUCACCUUUGCUCCGAGUGUGGCAAACGUUUCUCUGGACUGCGGGGGCUCGCCGCACAUUCAAGGCGUCACACCGGAGAGAAGCUUUACAAAUGCUCAGACUGUGGGACGGAGUUUGCGUACAAGUCUACGUUCAAAAGACACAUGCGCCAACACAGCCUGCCGAAACGGAUCACUCACGUGUGCACACUGUGUGAGAAUCAGUUCACUGGGCUGCUGCCUCUUCAGCGGCACAGGUGCUGCGCCUUGAAGAAGACGUUUGUCUGCUCUCUUUGCCCAGAGACGUUCGAGUGCAGACAGAGUUUGGCUGAUCACGAGAAUCUACACUCCGGGGAAAAAGAUUUUGUCUGCGAAAUGUGCGGCGAGAGUUUCUUCUCGUCCUUGUCCUUGGCCACUCACCGGGUGACUCACAUGCAAAAGGAGAACUGCUGCGACGUUCUCGGCUUCGGCUCCAGCGACUCGAGCGUCCUCAGAAAUCACAUGAGCAAACACACCGGAGAAAAGCUUUUCUCCUGCAAGGUUUGCGGUAAAGGCUGCAGCCACCAGAGCGCUCUGAAGCACCACAUGCUGACCCACACGGGGGAGAGGCCGUACAUCUGCGAGACCUGCGGCAAGCGCUGCGGCCACGCCAGCGCGCUGCAGAACCACAUGAGGAUCCACACCGGGAAGAAGCGCGGGCAGAAGCCAGUCUGCGACGUGUGCGGCAAAAAAUUCCGCUGCAUGGUCAAUCUCAAGUAUCACAUGAGUGUCCACACGGGGGAGAGGCCUUACGCCUGCGAUCACUGUGAGAAGAAGUUCAGCAACCCCAGCAAUCUGAAGUUACACGUGAUGAUUCACUCGGGGAAGAAGAUGUUCGGCUGCAACAUCUGCGGCAAGAGGUUCACUCAGUCCACCAGCUUGAAGGUGCACAGGCGGAUCCACACCGGAGAGAGACCAUAUCGGUGUAUGGUCUGUGAGAAGGGAUUCAUGUACCGCAGCGAGUUCAGGAAGCACGAGAGGAGUCACCUGCCAGAUGGACAUGGACCACCUGAAAGAACUGCAGUCAAAAUCUAAAACGUUUUGCCUCGGUGCUGUCACUUUCUGCACGAUAACACACCGUUCUCUAGAGACUGGGCUGAGCAGUGUGAAGAUAAACACUGUGAGAUAAUACAGAUUUUUCAAGUCUGUAUAUACAGAGUUGCCUCUAAUAUCUCUGGCUGUAUGAGACCCUUUCAAGCUUUGUUGCAAGUAUAAAAUAACAGUAGAAACUUUGCACACCUGGCUAUAUUCUCUUUAAAAGGGUCUAUCAGUCGAGAUUCUGUGUCACAUUUUGGAAGCUGGCUGUAGAGAUUCACUCCCAGUUUUGACACGAGAGCACUGAGGUCCAACGCUGACGAUGGAUGAUGAGUAGGGUUAGGUACUGUUGACAUUUGAAGCAUCGGCUCUGUCUAUAACGUUGUUGUAGCACUGCUUGAAUACUAUAAUAAUUGCCAGUAAAUACUAUGCAAUUCAUGUACUGGUGGUUUCAUAUUAAGGUGUCUCGCGCACUGUUUUAACAAGCUAAACAGCAUGUUGGUGUGUGACUUUGAACACAGCCUUUAGCUGAGUUUUGACUAACGCUAGUAGAAAUGCGAAGAUAAUGUCAACCAAAAAAGUAUAAUAGUCCAGUUAUCUUCAUUAACAACUUCUCCACCUGCUAUUUACCUCAAGAUGUCGUUAAAGUCUUCGAUGCCUCACUUUUAGCUCCUCGUGAAGGAGCUUACCUCUCCAAUAACACUGUGCACGCUUCUGCUUUUGAGCAGGUGUUUCCUUCUGUUUAGACGCGUUGCCUCGGUCAGCUCUGUGCUCGACAUUACAAAUACUGUAGCGAGUGUUGGCCUGAAUCACUGUGAUUUGUUGCAGCGGCGACAUCUUGCCCUUUCUCCUCCUUUCUACACUCUACAGGUACCCUUGAGAUGAGUGGCUUCGGCACCCAACCCUAGUGACGAGGCCAGGAUAUGGUCUUCCCCAAACCUCUGCCACAAAGCUGGAAGCACCCAUUUGUCAAAAAUAUGAUUGUAUGCUGAAACGCACCUUUUCUGGUCUAGAGUGUCCACUUACUUUUGGUAGUAUUGUUCAUCACAAGACAAGAUAAUAAGACAUAUUCAUAUUGCCAACUCCAUUUGUCGCUGCAUUCUGUUACAAGUAAAUGACACAAUCAGACUUGUUGAAACAAUAAAGCGAUGUUUUGUGGAUUCA